AUGCUCCUCAAAGCCACAAUUCAAUGCCACCUCGGAGACAAGGUUCCCCAUUCUAUUGAGGAUCUUCGCGAGAGAUUCGACUCGGAUCUCCCCCGUUUGUUCUUGUUCACCGCCCUUACACGGUUCUCCGAUGGUUUCCCUGGUACCAAACACUUCCAGCUGGCAAAUCUCCAUUAUUGGUCGUCUGAUCCCAAAGGACGCUCAGUGACGACAGAGAAUGAACACAUAGCGCUUCGUUCCUUACUUAUGUUCCUAGAGUCACGGCAUCCAUGGACACUCGAAUGCUCGGCACGUACGACUUCAUGCGAAGUUUUCAAGAGGUUAAACGGUUCAAUCCUAAUAUGUAUGACCGAUGAGAUGCCCGUUAUUGAACGUAUGGUUACUCUUAGAUCCCACUGCCUGUUCUGCCUGUUUCCCGGGAUCGCCCUCCCUUACCAACCGCCAACCAACCACUGCCGAAAAUGGAGAUCUUAUGGAAGUGUAUGUUUCGUCUUCCUCUGGUGA